AUGCAAUCCGAAUUAGAUUUGUUAAAACAACGCAUCACUAAGCUCGAAGAUGAGAAUACUGAGGUUAAGGCUGAGAAUAUGGAGCUUAAACAUGAGAAUACAAAAUUAAAACAGAUCAUAGAAGAAAAUGCUAAGUUUAAAGCCAAAAUCGUUAAGCUAGAACGAGCCGUUGAUAAAAUUGAGAAGCAGAACCAAAGUAUUAAUAAUAAUUCUCAGCGUGAGCUGGCACAUUUGUGCCAAGUCAAUACUCCUAAACAGAUAGUUGAUACAACUAUCAGACCUUGUCUGUCUACAGCAGAUGUAAUUAGAUCUGAUGUAAACCAGGAGUCAAAAAAAACAUGUGAUGAAAUUUGUGUAAAUAAAAUUCAUAGAAAACUUGUUCAGAAUUCGGAUCUAUCAACUAGCUAUAUAACUGCUGAAACCAAGGCAAGCAAAUCGUCUGUAUCUCAUGUCUCUGAUUCUCCCAAUUUGAAAGGCAAUAUUAGUAUACCACCUACCUCAAUACGAGCCAAUAUGAUGGUCCCGAAACCUCUUACUGAGAAAGUCUCACCAAAAACUAAG